GGCGUUUCAUUUUCGUAAGGAGUUAUAAAAGGGACUCUAGGUUAGCUGGCUCGGUCACAUCGUCACCAACUCUUUGCUCAUUUGGAUAUUAAUGACUUAAUAGUGAUCACAUCAGCGGCCCGCAAAAUUUCACGUAGCCCGCGAUGGCUAUUCCUAAAGUCUUGCUGGUUAUUGCGGUUACAGUGGCUGUGGUCUACGCCCUAGAGCCUGUUAAAGGAGACUUAGCAGUUGCUGAAACCAAAGGCAAAAAAGUUGUAUACGUUCAAGAAAGUGGUUACGGAGGCGGUUACGAUGAUAGCAGCUACGGUAGCAGUUACGGUGGAGGUAGCAGCUACGGAAGCAGUUACGGUGGACACGACGAUUAUGUCGUGGUUAAAAGCAAAGGAAAAGAGAAAGGCAAAGGCAAAGGCGUUCGUACCAGUUACGGUUAUGACGGCCCUAGCAACUAUGGCAGCAACUAUGGCAGCAACUAUGGAAGCAACUAUGGCAGCAACUAUGGCAGCAACUAUGGCAGCAGCUAUGGCGACCACGACGAUUACAAAGUUGUUGUGAAGAGUAAAGGCAAAGGUAAAGGUAAAGGAGUUAGUACGAGCUACGGUUACGACAGUCAUAGCAGCUACGGAGGCAGUAGUUAUGGCGGAAGCAGUUAUGGAAGUGGUGGCUAUAGCGACAAGGGUAGCAGCUACGAUGGAGGUUAUCAAGUUGUCUUGGUACAUAAGGCGAAAGGCAAGGGACACGGCAAAGGAAAGGGACACGGCCACGAUUACGAUGAUUACAAUAGCGGGUACGGUGGUGGCGGUGGAUAUGGUGGUGGACAUAGCGGUGGUUACGUGAAAGUCAAAGCCAAGAAAGUAAAAGGACAUAUAGUUCCCGUUAAGUCGAGCUACAGUUCUGGCGGUGGAUAUAGUAGUGGGUAUGGCGGCGGAGGAGGAGGAGGAUACUCCAGCGGAUAUAAGAGUGGAGGCGGUGGUAGUGGAGGAUCUGAUUCAAGUGAUGAAGACAGUAGCAGCGGAGGAGGUGGCGGAGGUGGAUAUCAAAGUGGCAGUGCAAAAGCUUCCAGCGUAUCUGCUGUGGUAGCGGCGCCUGUGGCCGUCGCUGAUGGAACAGGCAGUGCAUCCGUAGGAGAAGCAUCCGGUACUAUUGCGUCUGCAAUCGUGACAAGUGAGGCCAUCACGAGCGGAGAUAGUGGUGUAAGUGUUGCUGCAGCUGAUGCAACCGCAACGGCUGUGGUGGCUGAAUCCGGCGGAGGCGAUGAAACUAGGAGUGCAGCGGUAGCGACAGCUGAUGCAUCCGCAUCGGGUGGCGAAACCGGUGGAGGUGAAGCUGCUGCAAGCGCAACUGGCACAGCUGAAGCAUCAGCUGAUGGAGGAGGUGACGGUGCCGCCGGAUCGAAACGAAGCGUUGAAACUGCAACCAACGAAAAGGAUAAAAACGUCAUAGUUGCUGAAACUAAGCCUAAAAUACCUGCCAAUGGAUUUAGCAUUCCUCCAGCUCUUGCUGAUUCUUCUCCUACCAGUGCUCCUUCAAACAAUCGUUCACCUUCGGCCAGUCGUGGUCCUUCAGAUGGCCGUUCUCCUUCGCCCAGCCGUCCACCUUCCAAUAACAGGCCGUCAUCCAAUAACAGACCAUCUUCCAAUCGUCCUCCAUCGAAUCGUCCUCCUGUUAAUCGGUCACCAAACGCAAAUCGUCCACCGCAGAGUGGGCGUAUUCCACCGCCAUCCAGCCGCGCUCAGCCGUCGUUUGUUCGUUCUGAAAGAGCUCGUCCACCAGCAUCUUCUAGCACGAGCUUGCUCGAUCAACCUUGGCCGAAACCGAUACAGUUUCUAGUACCUUCGUAAAUUGAUCUGUGACCUACGAGACUGGAUAAAACACGACUGCGGUUUAUAUUCAAUUCGGAGUUAAACAGAGAAUAUAGUUAAAUAUUAUAACAGAUAUUAUAUUACUAUUUAAAUAUUACGAGAUGGGUAGUACUCGCUAAUUCACUCUAUCGCUAUUUGUUGAAAUAAAAGCACAAUAAAAUUUAUAGGGGUUCAAA